AUGCUUUUGAGUGAAGCUUUAAGCUUUCAAAUGAAUGGAUACGAAAAUAGUUGGCAUUGGCAAAGCGUUUUUAUCACAGCGAGCUUCACGCUGUCUCAGAAUUUAUUAUGUAAGCUCCUCUAUAAGUUUUACUUAUGUAGAAGAACUUUUAUGUUGAUGAAAAUUAGUCAAUUUGGUUGUUUAACAAAAAUGCUUCAAUUAUUGAGAACUUCUGAAAAUGGAGUUGAAUGA